AUGAGGCUGUCUGGUGCAGCACAUUCAGUUGCCUGGAAACAUCACAAACGAGAGAUUCAGCUGGGUUCCAGCGCAAGGGCGGUCGUGGCUGCCGCAGUUUCGUCCGCCGUUGAUUGGGAGGGGCAGGCGGAUCCACUUGGGCUGCAUGCUAUUUCGGCUACGUUGGGCAGACAUGUCGGCGUGCGGGAGAUGCCCCUGCCUCUACCCUGCAAUCGCGACCGAACGUGGUCUGCCGAUGACGUAAGCUUCUACUGCUUUGUGCUCGACUCUGAGAGUCGCAUCCGUGCGAACCAUAACUAUGACACCAGCCCUCCCUUCCGAAACGUCACCUGA